GGGACACACAUGUGAGUUUUGACGAGUGUUUUGUUGCUGUUUCACCCAGAUAUAACGUUAGUUUGCUUUCCACUUUAUCCAGAACUGCUUGCAACACGAUGGCGAGUGAUAACAGAUGCAUUGUUGCAAUAGCUAAGAAGAAAGGUGGUAUAUCAGACGAGAUGAUUUUGCGCCGGCUCUUCCAGACUUGGUUCCCAUCAAAGUUUGUCAUCUUAUGAUACGUAACAUCUAUGGAAUCAAGUGGAUCACUCUGGCUGCUGUGAAACUCGGACUCCAUGCUCAGGUCUGGACAGUGUCUUCAGCUCUCAACCAACAUCCUGAGCUUCGGGGGGCUUGUUGUCGAGGAAGCCGCGGGUGACCGCAAGAGAAAUGUAAUGAUAUACUUCCACUUAGAGGACGAUACUCUACGCCUUGUGGAACUGCCUACACCUAAUGCUGGCGCCGUCCAGGGGACCCUGGUGGGGAGACAGCGUGUGGCCACCUCCACACACCCUCUUGCUCCACACCUUACCCUCCACCAUUUCAAGGUGGGUGAAUAUGUGACUGUGUUGGGUCGCCGGUAUCUAGUGACCAGCUGUGACCGAGCCACCAGGACCUACCUCACAUCUCUUGGCCUCGCCCCGCAGCCAGACCUCGCACCUCACCCUACUACUGUGACUCAGGUCGGACCUCAAACUUGUGUACUCGCUGCUUGAUAAUGAUUCGUAACCGAUAGAACGUCAUCUAGUUACCAUUACAGAUUUUUUGAGUAGUCAAUAUUGCAAUCAAAUGCAAAAUUAUGGUAAACACUGGUCAGUAUUUUGAAGA